AACAGGCUUCGGCCUAUACUCGGCGGUCGGCAUUAACUUACCUGGCUUUAAGGCAACAGAGCCCGUUCUUCUAGCUGGGUGUACUUAUGUUGCAAGUGUUAUCAGGACAUUUUUUGCCUAAAAACCAAAAUUUAUUUAUUAAUUUGUAAAUCAUUCAAAAACAGGUUUUAAAAAUUUCAUACUUUCUUUAUUCGUAUUUAGUGGCAGGUUAUCUGGAUACAAAUGGUCCUGAUAACUUUGCAUUGGAAAAUGAUUUCUCUGACACCAGAAACUAUUGAAAGCCAGACAAAAUACAAACAGUUUAAAGAAAUGUUGUUCUCUGUGCAUCCAAGAAACCUUCAAGUAGUACAGGUUAAAAGCAGGUUUCCAGAGCUUAAAGGGCGAAGAAGAAUUGAUAAAAUUCUAACGUUAGAAGAACUCGUUCAGGAACUGGAAAAACAGCUCUCAAUCUUCCCUGAGCGUGGUAUCCUCCACCCCCUUCGGAUCAUCCUCGAAUUCCUUACUCCUUUCAGUGCUGCUCUGUUGGAUGAAUUGAAUAAACUUGAAAAGCAGUUAAAAUCCACCUUUCUUCAGACACAGCUACAGUACUCACAGGAUGUUCCUGUGCAUGUGGUUGAAGUCCUUGCUCGUGAGUUUGACCGGGUUCCUGGCCGGGACUGGGAGAGGUUUGCAGAAGGACUUGGACAUGAUUUUCCGAACAGAGAUGAAGUCUGCAUAAGAGCUGGAGAAAUUGAUACUAUAGAGAGAACAUUUCCAGAAACAAGUAAACGGUUAGCUGCGGUCUUUAAGAUGUUUUCCGAGCGUUGUUUGCAGUACAGCGUUGACAUGAAUAUCAUUGAUGUUAUUGUUUCAACGCUUCAAGAUGAAAAUGUGUUUGGUACACCCUACAACAAGCUGGCUAGGCGAGUGCGUGAAGAAAUGAGAAGAUAAAAACUAUUUUUAUUAUUAUUUUGUUUGAUGAUUUCAAAAAUAAUAUUAAAUAUAUAUUAAUAAUAGAUAAAA